AUGCGGAUCGACACCUACGCCCGUGGAAUCACCCACCUUUCGCGAUUGAUCGUGUUUGGGGACAGCUUCAGCGACAAUGGCAAUGGCUCUUGGGUAGCGAGCAAUGGGACGUGGCCCGCUGACCCAGCAUAUUACGGGCACUCUUUCUCAAAUGGCCCAAAAUGGAACGACAUAGUUGCUGGAGAUCUCGGUCUUGAGCUCACCAACCUUGCAGCCGGCGGUGCGACCGCUGACAAUUCUUUUGUCGCGGGCGGCACGGGAGCUUCUUCCACGAUUCCCGUCCCAUCUACCAAGGAUCAAGUCGACUCAUUCCUUUCGUGGGAUGCACCCAGGCCAGGCGAUGUUUUUGUGCAUUGGAUCGGCGCCAAUGAUAUUCUCUUUAAUACUACCAUUACUGGUGCACAAAUCUCCAGCAUCGUCAGUGAAGACAUUGACCGACUGUACCGUGCCGGCGCCAGGAACUUCAUAUUGGCAAACUACAAUGAGAUUACCACGUUUCCAGCCACAUACAACUCUUCAGACUACAAUAUUCCCAGUGUACAAGCCUACGACGACGACCUCAGUACUGGGCUAAUCGACAUUGCAGCUGCAUACUCUGCUGAUGCAAAAACUGGUUUCGUCGAUGUACGGCAGCUUUUCCGCAAUAUCACAGCCCAGCCAUCCGCAUACGGCAUAGAUGCGGCAUACGUUGAUCCUCCGACCGCUUGCUUGGUGGGCGUUUAUACCAGCGAAGGCGUUCCGCGUCAUUUAUGCAGCGAUCCAGAGCGACAUGUAUUUUUCGACUCGUAUCACCCUGUCACGCAGGUGCAUGCAUUGAUUGCGAAGAUGUUUGAAGAAGUGAUACAGGGCUUUGCUUAG